CGCUCCUGUUGCAGUGCAGCCCGGGUGGCUGAUUGGGAUGUGCCAUUGGUGCAGCAUGGCCGGCUGGCGUGAACUAUGUGCUCGACCGUCAAAGGAUUAUCUCCUUGACGCUGUGUGACCGCAACCGCCUCUCCUUUCUCUCCCUCUUCUUGUUCUCUGUCUGCUUUGCUGCUUGGAGAUGUAAAUUGGCAGCCUCCUGCGCUUGUGGCCAGCUGCUCCUCCUUCCUGUCACUCUCUCACAUCGGUGUUGAUGCCAUGAAGCGUCCAUCGAACUAGUUCAUUUCCAUUAUUAUCAUUUCUUGUCCUCUCCCCAUCCCACUAGCCCGGACCGUGUCCUGACUCCCACAGUCGUUUGAAGGGCCGUCUUCACCGAGUGACACGCCCCAAAGCACACAUACACCUCAGGCAAAGGAACAAACAACCCAUUUAGGCUUUACACCUCUUCACUCGCUCACUUAGACCUUGGGACGAACCCCACUGCCUCUUCUCUUCUUGGACACACGCAUUUUAACACGACAAACACAAAUACCACUGGAACAAGAGGCGGGAUAUAGGUGGAACAAGGACGGACAUAUAAUUUCAACCGAGAUCGGGGAAGAUGGUGUCAUCGUGGAUCCCCCGUCGGUUUAGGCCACGAAACCUGGGAUAUCUAUCACUCGCCCUUCUGUCGGGCGAGAACGACAGCGACGACGAGUACGACGAGAAGGACUGCGGCCGCGAAGGCUCUUUCCACGACAACGACGAUGAUGAUGACGACCGGGCAUCGGUCACAGACACCCUGGUCGGCGGCAGCAGUCCCACAGAAUCGGGGCUGCUGGCCGAGAACUUUGACGAAAAGGCCGUCUACCGCGCCCGCAGGCCCCCAAGGACGGCGCUGGCGCGGGCGUUGGCGGCCCUCGCUAAGCUCAGCAUCCUCCUCCCCAGCUUCGUCGUGCCCGGCAACAAACCGGCAGGAAAGCUGCACCCCAGCGCAUGGCUAGAUGGCCUCCGCGGCUGGGCUGCCUUCCUGGUGGUGUGGCACCACGCCUCGCUGCUCUUUUUCUCGUGGAACGUGCACGACGCCUACAGGUCCAGCGAGGACCCCAACGACCCGCAGCACAACUACGCCAUCCAGAUGCCCUGGGUCCGGCUCCUGAUCGCGGGGGCGCCGCAGGUCAAGAUCUUCUUCGUCAUCUCGGGCUACGCGCUGUCGUACAAGCCGCUCAAGCUCGCGCACGCGGCGCGGUACGGCGAGUGGGCGUCGGCCAUGAGCAGCUCCGUGUUCCGGCGCUGGCCGCGCCUCUUCCUGCCGGCCGUCAUCAUCCUCUUCAUGGGCACCAUUGUCGGCUACAAUCGCUACUUUGGCGACGGCGACGACAAGUGGAACGAUGGCGCCGCCAUCACCAAGCGCCCGCCCCCGAUCAAGGACGAGCUCGCCGAGCAGCUCUGGGACCUGUGGGGCAACAUCCUCCAGGCCACCAACCCCUUCUCGAACGACGAGCGCCGCUCUGCCACGCCCUACGACUGGAACCUCUGGACUCUGGGUAUGGAGUUCGACUGCUCCAUGGUGCUGUUCCUGUGCAUGGCCGCCUUCUGCCGCAUCCGCACCCUCCCGCGCCUUGUCCUGACCGUCUGCACCGCCGCCUUUUGUCUGUGGUGGAAGCACUGGCCGCCCUUCCUCUUCAUCUCGGGCAUGUUCCUGUGCGACCUCCGCUUCACGCUCGAGGGCGCCGCCGCCCGCGCCCCGCCCGCCACCCUCCUCCCGACCACCCCGACAGUCCUCGUAUCGCCGCUGCGCCAGCAAAACACAAGCCUGAUGCGGGCCAGGCGCGUCGCCUUCGUCGUCUACCACCACUCCAAGCGCCUCGUGCUCGCCGUGCCCUCUUACCUCCCGGAGUCGGUGCAGGCCGCGGGCGCCGCCGUGGCGGGGAACCCGCACGCCACGCGGCUGUCGUGCGCCUCGAGCACCGCCUACGAGCGCGUGUCGUCGUCGGGCGUCCCCGCCCGCCUGCGCAGCCGCGCCCGCGGCGCUCGCAACCUGCUGCUGUCGGCCUCCCUCUGGCGCGGCUUGCUGUCUCUGUUCGCCGUAGUCGUCGCCGUCUUCUUCCUUAGCUUCCCCGGAGCCGAGCGCGGCGGCAACUCGGCCCCUUACUACGGCUGGCUGAUCCGCGACUGGACGCCCAAGCACUACGAGGAUGACAACGAGAGCCACUGGUGGAUUUCGCUCGGAGCGGUACUGCUGAUCUUUGUGCUCGACCGCAACACCUGGAUGCAGCGCGCCUUCACCACGCGCUUCGCCCAGUACCUGGGCCGCAUCUCGUACGCGCUCUACCUCGUCCAUGGGCCUAUGCUCUGGUCCAUCGGCUGGCACCUCGGCCGCUGGGCCACGGCGUAUACUGGCCGCGAGACGGAGCGCCAGUACUGUCUCGGCGUCGCCCUGGCCCUGGGCCUGUUGUGGCCCAUGCUGAUCUGGGCCUCCGACGUGGCGUGCAGGCUAAUAGACGAGAAGUCGGUCGUCUUUGCCAAGUGGGCGUAUGACUCGCUGGCGAAAAAGGAGGACUGAAUAUGAUUGAUCUUGUGUGCCUUUCUUUUGUCGUUUCGUUUAUUGGACCUUUCUGGGAUUGCGGUAUGCUCAUGCGUUCUUUCGCUCCUUUGCAUCUUUGGACCAUACAAAUUCAGAGAUUUAUCCACCUUUUGUUCGCAUAUAGGGUUUCUUUUGUCUAUCGGCAUGACGAGUCACCAUCCUCUGGUGUUCUCAUUUCUGGGCUGGGGUGAACAUGGAACGGCGCCCCUUUUCUUCUCUUCGUCGCACCGUAGCGAUGCCGCGCUUGUUGCUCUGACUUUCUUGAUGGGCGUGGGUUUAUGGAUGACUAGAUAGACCUAGAUCUCCCUGCCAUAGAGCUUAACAGGAUAAUACCUGAUGGUUUGAUG